AUGGGUGCAGUGAUGGUGCUGUCCUAUCUUGUCCCGUGGGGAUACGAGAAUGCGAGCGUAUGGGAGUCCCUGACUGCGCCACAAGUCUAUGCACAGCGCGCAGCGCGUUAUCGUCCUCCCGGCCGGCAGACCAGCCACUCUGAUGAUUCUGAUUGCGGGGCUGCCAGACCCUCUCCGCAGCUGCCAGACAUCACGGAAGAAGAGGCGCUUCGAAAUAUUCUUUCUGCGGUGCCAGCCCGGAUCUUCCUCAAGCAGGAGGAAGUAUGCAGCGUCUGUCUGGAAACCUUCGCAGCUAAAGCCGUUGACGCUGUCUCAGCCAGU